AUGUUUCGAAGAGCAGCGGUGCUAAAGACGGCAGAGGAUGAAAACGUGGACUCUGGGGCUGAAACUGCCGAGUGAGUCAACUCUUCUUCUCUGCGUUAGCUCCGGGCUAAUGCUAGCUAGCACACCUUCGCCUUUACUUAGCUGUAGUCACAAUAGAGAUGGAUUUUAUUCAAGAAAGUCAACUGUGAAGGGUUUGACGUUUCAAAAUAGCAACUUUUCUCACAUCAUACUCCUUUCGUGCUUAUAAUAGAGCAUGUUCAUUAUUGUAAACAUGUAAUGCUUUUUUUCCUCGUAAACUAGCUUUAACGCUUCUGUUAGCUUUGUAACAGAUAAUGUGUUGUCAUGGUGACCAAAGCGACAGGGCAGGUUUCCAAACCAACCACCACAAGAUGGAGACAGACUUUUAUCUUUCAUUCAGACUAUUCAAGCUUCAAGAAACAAUGUUUUCAAAGAAAUCCUUAACCUUUGUUUUUGUGUGUUGUUCAGGUCUGACUCUAGCAGGAUGUCAUCAUCUGGCAGUAAGUGUUCAGUCUCUUUUGCAUCAGAUUUAAAGUGUACAAGUACGGUCAAAGGUGUGUAAAAAACACAAGUGAAGAAUAGUCGAAAUGCAGUUGCAUUUUGAAAGUUAUUUGGACCAUCUCUGUGUAGUAAAUGCUGCCUAAAUUUAUCUGACAGACUUGUGAGAACGUUACACUCAAAGUAGGGGAGGGUGGGGUAAGUUGAGCCACCCCCUGUUGCUUGGAAAAUGGUGAAAGAAGUUGAUCAUGUGACCAAGUAUUUAGGAGAUGGGCAUCAAUUCAUGAAGUCUGUGAAGGUUAGAAGCACAUGGGUGAAGAGGUUAGACAUUUAUUUACCAUUUUUCACUCUUGAAAGUGAAUAUAGUCUGUCAUAAGUUUUAUUAAAAUUGUGUUCAGACCAAAAAGAUCAUUUUAAAUUUGUUUUAUGCAUCAACUGUGGUAUCUAUGAGCUACAACAUGAGGUCAAAACCCCAGCAUAAAAGUCCACCACUUUAGCUCAGAGGACUCAUAAAGUCAUCAUAGUAGUUCAGGGGUAAGUUGAGCCAGUGACUCAACUGAGAAAGUAAAUAAGUCUGAUGAGAGGAUCAGAGUUUCAGUUCAGAUUGUUGACUUGUGUUACUUUUUCUUUUCAAAAAUACAGCUGUUUGGGGGGUUGUAGGGAUACGGCUCAACUUAGCGUGCUCCUAUGGUCAACUUACCUCAUACACGGGGUAAGUUGACCAUAGGAGACCACUUUUUUUUGGCAUGCUAUAUUAUCAAGACAGUUAUGUUUACACUCAAUCUGUUGGUUUGCAGAUACACUAGUUAGAGACAAAAAUGAUUGCCUUGAUGUAGAGAUCAGAAAUAUGAAAAGUGGCUCAUCUUACCCCACUCUCCCCUAUUUGAUGUUUAACACUGUUGAGAAGGACAACCCUUGUAACAUCUAUCUAUCUGCGCCUUUCAAGAUGUCUUGCUCACUCACAUGCAUUGUUUGUUUGUGUAACCCAAGUUGAGCUCAUGACCAGUAGGACAAGGCAGCAGCGGCGACAGCAGCCACUCCUUCUGAUGAACUUGCAUCUGCUGGCCAACCCUGGAGACUCCCUGCUACUUCAGCACACCCUGGAUCGCCUCCUCUGCUGGCUCUGCCCUAGCCUCAGAAUUUUCCAUGUGUCAGAGCGGGCCUCCCCAUUCAGAAGUUUUGAGCGCUGUCGUCCCGUGGCAGGUGAAGAUCCCUAACCUUUAAACAUACGCAGUAUAUCUUGUUUAUACUGUCAAGAAUCAAGGUUGUUCAUCUGCAGGGAUAAAAAACCUUGCUGUGCUUCUGCAUCUAACUUAAUCACAUCAUAUGAAUUUUCUCUCUCUGGAAUGAGUAGACAGUCUCCAGAUGUCAGAACAACAAAUGUGCACAGAAAUUGAGAGCAUUUUGACAUUUUAGUCAUGGCAGUGACCCCCUGAAGUGUUCUACUCUUAACUAAAUACAACAUUAAAUUUGUGUGGAAUCUAAUUUUACCAUUUCAAGCUAGGACCACAUCUGUUUUUAUUCAACGUUUACUGGAACUGUAUCGUUUUUAAAAUGUUUCAGGCUACCCUUCUCUGGCCAUCACUUUCUUCCUCCAUGAGGCAUAUGGAGAGGAGCGAAUCCUCAAAGUGUUGGACUUCUUCCAGCGUCCGCCAUGGCAGUACCACCACACAGAGAGCUGCAGCAGACGAACUGGAGGGAUCCACAUCACCUCCAGCAGCUCCCCUACGAACGCCCUGCUGCGGCCAUACCUCCUGCCCAGUAGAGACUUUUACAGCUUGGGUGCAGGGAUGCCAGUGUGGGGGGUUCGGCCAGUGCACUGUGGAGGGGAGAUACUACGUGUGACGAUCUACAGCGGAUAUGACAACUAUGAGGAUGCUGUGCGGCUCUAUGAAACAGUGUUGCAGCGUCAGGCAGAGGAGCAGAAGACAGGUUUCUGCUGGUUUACUCUCCACUCAGGUUUGUCUUUGAAGUUUUUACCUUUUGAGUUUUUAAACAAUAAAAACUUUUACUGAUUUUCAAGAGUUUGGAUUUAAAGCUUAAUCGGCCGAUUGAUUGGGGGUUACCGAUUAAUCACAGAUUCUUUUUAAUUUUUUUAUGAAGUUAUAAAUAUUUAUAUGCUGUAGAUAUCUACAGUAUACUAUAUACUGUAGAUAUACUGUAGGCUACUGCUCUUCAGGCCGACAGGAAGACCGACUGGUCAAACUCGGACCAAAAAAGCAUUGUCAACUACUUUUGGCCGAUUCAUCUCAAACAGGCUAAAAUUGGCCGAUUUAAUCGUCUCGCCAAUAAAUCAGUCGGGCUCUACUCCUAAUUACAUUUCCAUUGAUUGGUUUUGUUCUCAUACGUCUCACAUUUGUCUCUUUAAUUGGGCCUCCCAUGCAGAACCCGGGCUGUGCAUGCAGCUGGCUAUAAAACAACUGUCACCAGGGGUCCGGGUGGAGCCAUGCAGCUCUGCUGUGCUCCAGUUUAGUGUGGAUGAAAUUGGACAGCUAGUGCCUCUGAUGCCAAACCCCUGCACCCCAAUCAGCACAACACGCUGGCAGACAGAAGACCUUGAUGGCAACAAGGUUCUCUUCCAGGUAAGUGCAUCUGACACAUGUACAUCAUACUGUCCUUUUCAGUAAAGAUCAUUGAAAGGUUUGACACUGGUGUUUCUAUAUUAGAAUAAGUUCACACUUUCGAUGCAGAAUAUAUGAACUCCUUCAUUUCCUGCUUUGAAUUGCAGGUUUUCCCCAACAGCUGAAUAACUAAAUUUUUGUUGUUUUCUUAUUUUUUGUGUAUUUUAGUCGGUUCCUUUUUCUCUUAUGGUACUUGUAUGAAAAGAGAAAGCUUCUACCAGAUUUAUGUCAGGUCAAAUCAUGUGGUUUGUAAAACAACAGUAGAGUGUUGGCCUACAGUAGUUUGCUAGAAGGUUUAACUCUCUAAUUAUCUCACAAAACACAGAGUCCAAAGAGCAGGAUCUGAGCUCACUGACCAGCGAAAAUGUUAUUCUCAGAAUGAAAAGUUUGUACUUGCCAAAUCCUUUGAGAGAAUGACAAACUUGCUUUUAGCGGAGGUCACAGUUUGUUUGUCCUUAAUGUAUGGGUGGUUGUGCCAUUUAUGUGAGGGUUUGGCAAACAAAUGGUGAUGAUGAAGGGAUAAGUUUAGAAGAAGCUUCUCUUCGAAUCACUAUUGUCUCCAUAAACAGAUUACAAACCUUCCAAAGAGAAAAAAAAAGUUAUUUUGGGUCAUUUUGAAGUACAGUGCAGGGCAGGAUUUUUAGAGUUUAGCCAUAAGAAAUCUUGAAAAGAUAAAGCAUUAGAUUUAGUUUUUUAGCAAACUGAAUUUUCAACAUUAACAGACAUGAAACAGUCUUUUAUUUUAGCAGUUAUUUUAGGCCAAGAACUAUUAUUCCUAUUUAUAGAGCAGACUCAUCAGUAUCAGCUUUCUACAUUUUAUGUCCUCUCUUAUCUAAGAAUACAAAUGAAUACAAAAAAUACAAGCUUCUGCUCAGUUAAAUGGAUGGAUGGAUUAGAUCAUUUUUCCCCUGUUAAUUAAAAAAAUUACAGUUGGAAAAGCUUUUUUGAUAAAUAUACUGUAUGUUGGAAUCAAAAAGGCGUUUAGCUCCUUCACAGAGUGAGCUUAGAACUGUGACACGAGCCAUAUGUCGACUGCGUGUAUCUUAAUUCUGUCAAAGUAACUUAUCUUGCUUAAAUCUUUCCAGUCCGGGUGUAAAUCAUAAUCCGCCCCCCCCCCCCGUCCUUCUGUGCUGCAGGUGAAAACCUCGGCUCAACCUCAGCGACCUCUGACCUGUGCUUUCCCCCCGACCUGUCCAAGCGUGUCCCCAAGAGGAAUGCAGCUCAGGAGCUCGGGGCAGAGCCACAGCCUUAUGCCCUGCAGCCUUCCAGCCCUGUCCUGGCAGACACACAGGCAAGGUGAGUCUACAGACAAGAAAUGGGUUACGAUGACGAGCUUAAAGGGAUAUUCCGGCGUAAAAUUAAGUUAGGGUCAAACACACUGUACCCACUCUCUUCCAGCAGCCGCUUGUUUGUAGCGAGACCUCAGGCCAGUCCAUUACAGUCUGCAGUGGGGUGACGCAGCUCAAGGAAGAACAUUUAUGAUCAUUUCUGCAUGGAGAUGCAAUCAGACCGAGACGCUAAGGCAGAAGAACUACCUCGUCUGCAGUGCAAAAUGAUUAAUAUGAUGAUUAUUACUUAAAGGAAACGAUAAAGAAAUGAUCAUAUAUGGUCCCAGCCAUAACAAAUCAGCCACCAAACAGAUGUUUGGUGGCUAACCUGCCCUAAUUUCUGUUGAAAGAGACUAAACACAUUACUCACCCACUCUAUUCCAGCAGUGCUCUCUGUAUUGCUAUCUGCAUUCAUUACUAAAGUUGGUAUAACUAGAGAAGCAAGAGGUCGGCAACAUUCAUCUCUCGAGGGGGUGUCUAACUCUGUGUUUGACCCUAACUUAAUUUUAUGCCGGAAUAUCCCUUUAAGGUAUCCAAAUAAGUGUCAAAUUUAAAAAUUAUCUGGUGGAGUCUUUGGCUAUGAGUUACUUUCCUUUUGUGUUUGAAUUAUCAAUAUAAUAGAGUGACAAAAACAGAGCACAAGAAUCUGACUUUAAACUCAUAAAUACAAAAUUUAAUAGUUGAGAACUGAGAAAUUUAAAAUAUCCAUAAUUGACCUGGCUGACUGUCUUUUUUGCUACAACAGGUCAGAGGCCGCGCAGUGAGAAGCUUCAUGGAAGUGGGGGAGCCGAGAGUCUGGGAUCAGGGAGCUGCUGCAGCACCCCUCCAGGCAGCUCCUGUUACUCAUCCCAGCGCAGCAGCCCGUCAACCACCAAUCACCCCGAGUCUCCUCUACGCCCCUCCAUCACCCGCUCCCUCUCCCAUCUCCUUCUGGAAGAGGAGGAGGAGGAGGAGGAGCCGGAGACCAACGUGGACACUGGAGUUGCUGUCACUCCUCGCUCCGACUCUACAGUUACAACAAUCACUCAUUCUUCUUCUAUGGAUCUAUUAAAUACUCUCAGCUCUGAGAGACCCGCAGCUGUUGGGGCUUCGUGUGGUGACAGUCUAACCCAGGAGCUGACUGAACGUCUGCCACUGAAGCAUACCCACCCACUGGGCCCCUCAAAGACAUGGGGCUCUACAGGUUGUCAGGAUACUGUCAGGCAGGGCUGUGCAAGCAGGACUAAGGCAGCAGGACAGAGUCCCUCCAAAGGGCCUGUGGUGGAGGAUAGGACUACUGCAGAUCGGCUGUCAGCACGCACAUGCAACGAUGAAUCUAUUGACGAGUUCUUCAUCUAA